AUGGAGUUUGGCGCUUUUUCUGACAAUUGGGUAAAUAACCAAUCUGAAUUAUUUGGUCUAGGUAAUUAUUGUGUGCCUAAGGGAAAUGAUAGCCAGCAAUCGAAACCUAAAACUAAAAAGAAAUACCCAAGUUCAUUGAGUGCAGCUAAUAUGGACAACGAUUUGGGAAAUGGAAUGCUAUCGCCAAGCUUGGACGAGUUUAAUGUGCUCAUGGCCCCAACUCCAAAGGAUAGUGAAAGGGAUUUGAAUGAUAUCAAUUGGGAUCAAUUGAAUUUGGAUUUUUCUCCAUUUCAAAAGACUUUAAAGGAUUUUUCAGUAAACCAACAUCCACAACAAGGCAAGAGAGUGAUUAGUGGUACCGCUAUAUUCGGUUUCCAAAACCAUGAUAAAUCAUUCCAGUUGCCACAUUCUGAUUUUAACGCAGAGGAAGCUAAUGACAUGCAAAUGGAUGAUGACGCUAAUCUUGACCCAACUGAUGUUAACACUUUGCUAAAACAACAACGUGAGUUACGGUUAGCCUUAGAACAGCAAAAAGAGGCCAAUAUGGAACUAGAAAAACAACUAGAUAGUAUGAAGAGACAGCAGAGUUUGAGCAAUAGUCCUGAACUACAGCAAAACCAAUUUACGUUUAACACUUUGAAAGUCAUCAAUACUCUAGAUGAAGUUGAGCAAAUGUUUAAUAGCGGUGGUGACGAAUUGUUAGAAUCGCCAACUAAGAAGCAGAAGAAGAACAUAAAUAAGAAUUCAAUGGAACAUAUACCAGAGCAUUACAGAAAAUCUAGUAGCACCUUGAGAAAGAUGGGUAACUUAUUUGAAGAACUGAAUUUUGGAAUGAAAGAUUCUAGUGAUGACUCUCUGGGAGUUUUGCAUAAGACUGAUUCUAAUAUUAUUACCUACCAUAAUCAAUUAAUAUCCCCAGCUUUCUCUACGAACUUCAGUCCUAGAAAUUCAAAUAUGGACUUGUCUGAGUCGAUAACGGGAGACCUAAACGAUGGUCUCAAGCUAACAAAUAUAUCAGCUGGCUCGAUGGUGUUAGGUUUAGGUUUACAUUCGGAUAAAAAGGCAUCCGUAAAUGUUAUGUCGUCAAUCCCCGGUUCAACUACUAAUAGUCCUAGAAAAGUUUCAAGUCCUAAAAGGAAAUCGGAAACAUCAAAUGCCAUGGACUCAAACUUUGUGAAUAAAUUUAGCUCUACUUCUAAAUUGAUAUUUACAUCUAAUAAAAACAAUAGAGAAAGUAAAAAGGGAACUUCUGAGGCUGUGUCUAACGAAGAAAUAGAUGAAGUGGUCAAUGAAGCAUCAUCUCCUGUGUUGAAGUCACAAGCUCAACUUAAGAGCAAAAUUCCACAAUUUCAAUUAAAUUUGAUUAAUUCUAAUGGACCAGAUAACUUAAGCCCAGUAAAAAUAACGAGAAAAUUAACAACACUUCCAAGAGGGUCUAUUGAUAUAUAUGUAAAGGAACUAGAGGGUAAAAUGUUUGAAUGUCUUUACCCAGAUUGUGGGAAAACAUUUAAAAGAAGAUAUAAUGUGAGAUCACAUAUUCAAACACAUUUACAAGAUAGACCAUAUAAAUGUGACAUGCCUGGAUGUGAUAAAGGUUUUGUCAGAAAUCAUGAUCUUUUAAGACAUAAAAAAUGUCAUGAAGAAAAAACUUUUGAGUGUCCUUGUGGUAAAAAAUUCAACCGUGAAGAUGCAUUGAUUGUUCACAGGUGUAGAAUGAUAUGUAUCGGUGGUAAACAAUAUGAAAAUAUUGUAAUAAAAAGAUCACCAAGAAAGCGUGGAAGACCAAGAAAAAAUGAAUCAUUAACAGGCACAGCAGAUAAGGAUAAUUUAGAUGGAAAUUCUAGCACGAAACAAGGUGAUUUACUUCAGAAAGAUGUUAUGGGGAAAUUAAAUCUUGAUACCGAAAAGAAUGUAUUUCUGAAUAAAACAUCUAAUUUUAACAUGGAAAAUCCAUCUCUACUACUAUUAUCACAGGAAUCUGUUAAACUGGAAGAAACAGAAAUGGCAGAGUUUGAUAAUUCUAACGUUAAUUUCGAUAUGUAA